UGACGGGAAACGACUCCCACGCGAGUCGAUAGAUGGUUGGAUACUUUCGUGCCUUUGCAAAUCUGAGCGAGCGCAGGGCGGGCCUUGCAGGGCUCGCAGUGUUCCGUCGGGUUCCUUCGCCGACUAUUAAGAAAUCUAACCAUAAUAAUAAUAAAUAAUAGUAAUAAUAAUAGGGAAAGUGGAAGAACGAGCGCGACGGACGGAGAGGAGGACAUUUACAGGGACACGCUGAGACUGGCCUAAAUAGAGGCGCGGAUGGUCCGCGUGCGGCGAAUUCAGCCUGGAUUGAGCCCCGGCUGCGUUCAUUUCAAAGCGGAGUCGUGCCUGUGCGGCUAAGCUAGCUAAUUCCCCGCACGGCUGUCUGGGAGGAGUGCGGCUGCCGGCCGAGGAGCUCCGCUGGAUGUCCUUUCUGUCAUGAGUCCGGCCGGGUGCUCCCAUGUGAGCGGCUUCAAGGUGGACAAUUGGAAGCAGAACCUCCGGGUUAUUUACCAGUGCUUUGUGUGGAGCGGCACCGCCGAGACCAGGAGGCGCAAGGCCAAGUCGUGUAUCUGCCACAUGUGCGGCGCACACCUGAGCCGGCUCCACUCCUGCCUCUACUGCGUCUACUUCGGCUGCUUCACGAAGAAGCACAUCCACGAGCACGCCAAAAACAAGCGGCACAACCUAGCUAUAGACUUAUUAUACGGCGGUAUUUACUGUUUUGUGUGUCAAGACUACAUAUACGACAAAGACAUGGAACAGAUUGCCAAAGAAGAACAAAGAAAAGCUUGGAAAUUGCAAGGUGUGGGGGAGAAGUACUCGACGUGGGAGCCGACCAAACGAGAACUGGAGCUGCUUAGGCAUAAUCCAAAGCGUAGGAAAAUUACUACAAACUGCACCAUCGGUCUGCGGGGCCUGAUCAACCUGGGCAACACGUGCUUCAUGAACUGCAUCGUGCAGGCGCUCACGCACACGCCGCUGCUGCGGGACUUCUUCCUGUCGGACCGGCACAAGUGCGAGAUGCAGUCCAACUCCUGCCUCGUUUGUGAGAUGUCCCAGCUCUUCCAGGAGUUCUACUCGGGCCACCGAUACCCACACAUCCCCUUCCGGCUGCUCCACCUAGUGUGGACGCACGCGCGGCAUCUGGCUGGCUACGAGCAGCAGGACGCCCACGAGUUCCUCAUCGCUGCGCUGGAUGUCCUGCACCGGCACUGCAAAGGUGACGACAAUGGGAAGAAGGCCAACAACCCCAACCACUGCAACUGCAUUAUCGACCAAAUCUUCACCGGCGGCCUGCAGUCUGACGUCACUUGUCAAGUUUGCCACGGCGUUUCCACGACGAUCGACCCCUUCUGGGACAUCAGCUUGGACUUGCCUGGCUCCUCGACACCUUUCUGGCCCUUGAGUCCGGGCAGCGAUGGCAGCGUGGUCAACGGCGAGAGCCACCAGUCAGGGUCCACCACGCUAACUGACUGCCUGCGCAGGUUCACUCGGCCUGAGCACCUGGGCAGCAGCGCCAAGAUCAAGUGUGGCGGUUGCCAUAGUUACCAGGAGUCCACCAAGCAGCUGACGAUGAAGAAGCUGCCCAUCGUGGCGUGCUUCCAUCUCAAGCGCUUCGAGCACUCGGCUAAGCUGCGGAGGAAGAUCACCACCUACGUGUCCUUCCCUCUGGAGCUCGACAUGACUCCCUUCAUGGCUUCCAGUAAAGAAAGCAGAAUGAAUGGCCAGUACCAGCAGCCUUUGGACACGUUAAACAACGACAAUAAGUAUUCCCUGUUUGCGGUGGUCAAUCACCAGGGCACCUUGGAGAGCGGUCACUACACAAGCUUCAUCCGGCAGCACAAGGACCAGUGGUUCAAGUGCGAUGACGCCAUCAUCACCAAGGCCAGCAUCAAAGACGUGCUGGACAGCGAAGGGUAUCUUUUAUUUUAUCACAAGCAGUUUCUUGAAUACGAGUAGCUUUUACCCUGAGCUGUGGAAGAGAAGAGGAACAAACUGAAGAAAAUGAAACACAACACACAAACCUACCUGAAACUCUAGCUAAAGAUAAUUUCUCAAAGUGAGAGAGCGAGGAAAGACAUGGAGUGGAUUAUGGGGAAAGGCGUCGCGCGAACCUCGUGGAAGUCGGAGCUCGGCUGCGGGAGGAAGUGGGCGGAGCCAACCUUCCAACGCCCAAAUUCGCCUCUCUCGUUUUCACGUACUUGAUUUGCUUCGUCAGGCAGAACCAGAGACGCAGAAGGACAGGUGAACAUGGAAGGGCAGGAGGAAGAAUGGACAUGUCAACUUCUGUUACAACAUGUUAAUGAUUAUUCCCCCCCAUGGUGCUCGAGAUCCAACUGAUCAAGCGUUUGAGAGAAUCAC